CUUAUCUGUUUGUUUCUGAAAGUUGAGCCUCUAAGUUUCUCUCUGCUACACAAACAUACACACCCCUUCGCAGGCGCGCGUACACAGGCGCGCGCAGGUCCCUCUCUGAGCUCAAAAGCUGGAAAAUGUGCGUCUUUCCAGGGAGGACCAAAGUUGAGGAAGACACAGGAAGACGAGCCAAGGAGAGGCUGGGAUGAAAGCGCCCCCUUCCCUGCGCCGUAAACACAUUAUUUAUGCGCAUACAUGAGAAGACAAACCUGAAGGCAACGCUGCGCGUCUGCUCGGAUUCACAGCGUGGGGGCACACGCACGCACCGUCACGUUUUCGGAGCGAAACUGCAGAGACGUCGCUGCUGCUUGUGCUGCUUCUGCUGCUGCUGCUGUGGGGGUUCCUGCUCAUUUUUAAGCCCGGCAGCUGGUCCGCGCGUGUCCGGAGGUGGAAUUUAUCCCGUCGCCGCUGAGCAGAAGGAGUGCGGCAGGGAGACCCGAUCCUCGCAGGCGCACAGGCGAAACUGUCUUCAGUCUGCCGACAUGGAGUCCCACUGUCGCAAACUGGCCUCCACCUGCGCUCAAAUCGAAAAGGAGAAGAUCCAAAACAAAAACGACGACUCUUCGGACGACCCCUCCAAGAAGAAGCGGCAGCGGCGGCAGAGGACUCACUUCACCAGCCAGCAGCUGCAGGAGCUGGAGGCCACCUUCCAGAGGAACCGCUAUCCCGACAUGAGCACCAGGGAGGAGAUAGCCGUGUGGACCAACCUGACGGAGGCCCGAGUCCGGGUUUGGUUCAAGAACAGGCGAGCCAAGUGGAGGAAGAGGGAACGGAACCAGCAGGCCGAACUCUGCAAGAACGGUUUCGGGCCGCAGUUUAACGGACUCAUGCAGCCCUACGACGACAUGUACCCGAGCUACACGUACAACAACUGGGCCGCCAAGGGCCUGACGUCCGCCUCUCUGUCCACCAAAAGCUUCCCGUUCUUUAACUCCAUGAACGUCAACCCGCUGUCCUCGCAGACCAUGUUCUCGCCCCCGAACUCCAUCUCCUCCAUGACCUCCAGCAUGGUGCCGGCGGCGGUCACCGGCGUGCCCGGAUCCAGCCUCAACAGCCUUAACAACUUGAACAACCUAAGUAACCCGUCCCUCAACUCGGGGGUGCCCACGCCGGCGUGUCCCUACGCGCCUCCGACCCCCCCAUACGUGUACAGGGACACUUGUAACUCCAGCCUGGCCAGCCUGAGACUGAAAGCGAAGCAACACUCGAGUUUUGGAUACGCCAGCGUGCAGAAUCCCGCCACCAACCUGAGCGCCUGCCAGUACGCCGUGGACAGGCCGGUCUAAGCCGGGCCUGCGCUCCCAACGCCCCCCAUACCUCUGUGAGCGGAGCGCGGCGCACCGAGGGGAGAGCCGGCGGCGGCGCAUGAUCCACGCGGGGAUUUCUGCUCAUAGCUGGAAUAGUUGGAAUUACUUCAUUCUGACUGUAUCCUCAAGACGCUGCCCCCUCCUGCACCACCCACCCCCACCCCAACACCACCACUAUAAGAAACUCCUCAGAAAACCGAGAAUUUUCUCCCCGUGUUUUUGCUCUCCAUCGUUCCCCUUCAGAGAAGGUUCCGGUCCAGACAGCGGGGUUCUCUGCAGUCUGGCUAAACAGGAACAGAGACUGGCACUUUAGUCUUCUUCCCAAACGGAGCACUCAAAGACUGAACCGAGCUGAACCGAGCAGGACUGCGGCUCGAACCUGAGCUGAGAACAUUAAGCCGCCCCCACCAGGGCCUGUUUCUCUCAGUUCAAACAGAAAAAAAACCCCUUUUUCUCCCGUCGCGGUUCUGAGCGUCAGGUUGUACAUAAAUAUAAAUAGAUAUAUUUGAACCAUCAUCUCCUGUUUUUGAGGCGAAUGCGCGUUAGCCCCCCUCUCCCUGUCCCUCCCCAGGCUCGUUUUUAUAAACGCAUGUGGAUUAAAAAAAAAGAAAGAAAGAAAAACGUCAUGUUUUGCUUGCAAACAAAAAGGGAAUGUACAUAAAACGCACCAACUGUGUUUUCUAACAUAUUAUAAAUUUAUUGUCUGUGAAUAUCGAUUUAGAUUAGUGGUUCUGGGUUUAAAAAAAAGAAGCAUCCAAAAUGUCUCCGAGACUUAUGAUUGUUUUCUCCUCUAUGUAAAAUAUUUGGUACGAAAUUAUGUUCUUUUAUUUUCCCAACAUCCAAAAAAAGAAAAAAAAACAACGUUGUGUUUUAUUUAAUGUUAGUAAAUCUAUUGUUCCAAACCA